UUGGCCUUUCCGUGGCAUCGCACUUCCCUUUCGUGACGCCACCGCAACACCCGAACGAAUCCUCAAUUACAAGGACGCACCACCGAAGCACCGAAACGACGCACCACCGCUUUAAAAUCCCGCAGCCAGCGAGCGGAUCGAGCUCCCUUCUCCCCCUUCCUUCCUAGGGUUUCGAACUACCAGAAGCCUCCAAGCAUGGCCACCGACGAGCUCGCCCCCGCCCCUGCCGCGGCAGCUGCCCCGGCCGCGGGCGACGAGUCUCAGGGGUUCUCGUUCAGCAUCUGGCCGCCGACGCAGCGCACGCGGGACGCGGUGGUGCGGCGCCUGGUGGACACUCUCACUGGGGACACCAUCCUCUGCAAGCGAUACGGCGCCGUGCCGGCCGCAGACGCCGAGCCCGCGGCGCGCGCCAUCGAGGCCGAGGCGUUCGACACUGCGGCCGCCACCAGCGGGGCCGCCGCCGCCUCCGUGGAGGAGGGGAUCGAGGCGCUGCAGUUCUACUCCAAGGAGGUGAGCCGCCGCCUCCUCGACCUUGUCAAGUCCCGCUCCGCGGCAGCCAAGGCCGAGCCGCCGUCGGUGGACGCCCACGCCGCGGCCGCGGGCGAGAACGGCGAACCACAGCCCGCGGCAUGAGCCUCGGCCAUCCAUUACAUUUCUAUUUGCUGGGAUAAAUUUGGACACAUUGCAUCUGGAAUUGGUGUGAGGACUGCAGGCUAUGGCUAUGAUCUGGUUUCGAUAAGUUGAAUGUUAGCUGUUUGCACAUCUAUGCAGUUAUUGUUCUUCGAUAA